CCAGAAGACGUAGCGCCAGCAUCUCUCUGCUGUCAACAAGCUUCGCACCACAUAGACUGCUAGUUAGCUAUCUAACGAUUAUUGAAUGAGAACAAGUUGUUUGCCAGUUGCUACACUGCACCCAAAAUGAUCUCUCUAACGGAUUCACAAAAGAUCGGUAUGGGGUUGACAGGCUUCGGCGUGUUCUUCCUCUUAUUCGGGAUGGUCCUGUUUUUUGACAAGGCUCUUCUUGCCAUUGGAAAUAUAUUGUUUGUAGCAGGCCUAGCCUUUGUUAUCGGCUUGGAGCGUACCUUCAAAUUCUUCUUCCAGAGACACAAAUCUAAAGCCACCAGUUUCUUCCUGGGAGGCGUAGUCGUGGUUCUGAUUGGCUGGCCCAUCAUUGGAGUGGUGCUGGAGAUAUAUGGAUUCUUUCUCUUAUUCAGGGGCUUUUUCCCAGUGGCAGUAGGCUUCAUCAGGAGGGUGCCUGUCCUCGGGUCCAUACUCAACCUCCCAGGGAUUAGUGGAUUGAUGGACAAAGUCAGUGAGAGCAACAAUAUGGUAUAACAGGUGUAUGAAUACGACUGGCAUCGUAAAGUAUAUUUUGACAAUAAGGAAACGGCCUCAUAACCUGGUUGCCAUUGAUGGACAUUGUUACUAAGGGACUACUUUAUUUCAAGGCCCAAUGGGUGAAUUGGGCCCUUUUUGUGUUACUGCCCGUUCCUGAUGAUGAUGAUUCACACGUGACUGGACCAACCACUGGAAUGGACAUCUCUAUGGAGGAGUCUGGAAUCUGUUACAGAUGCCUUCCUUCUAGAUUAAUAGAUAUGUUCUAGAUUGGAAUGUUCUGGAAUGUUGUGCCUGUACUGUCAUGAAGAAAAUCGUUUUUUGGUUACCUUGAUGAUGAAGCGUUUAGAACACAGCUUGUUUUACACCUGGGGCCUGUUCAGGAGGCUGUAGCGUUACAGAACGUUCAGAUAGAAAUGUAUAGUGUAGAACAGAUAUGAUUCUGUCAGAGAAUUACAUCAGCUCUAUUUGUUCCUUAUUCUAUCUGCAAUGUUCAGAAUGUUUAGCAUCACCGAAUACACUCCUGCCUAUGAGUGGUAUAACUGAGCUGUUGUAGAUAAAUAGCCCUGUGCGCACAAUGGAUACAAUUGUUUUAGCUGGUCCAGGGCACUGUGUGAGCUGAAUUUCCACAUUUUAGACUGGUCCUAUAGGAAACCUCCGCCCAACCGGGACACUGGACGAGCUACAAGGAAUGGAUCCAAUACUACAGAUGUGUCUCUACAGUCCAGAUACUGCUGGCCUCACAGCAGCUGGGCUUUACCAGUCACUUUCUAUUUAAUGUAUUAAGAGGCUUGUUGUCAGAGAGAUGUUUUACUCAAUGUACAGUAUCUUUUAUAAAUACAUGAUUGAA